AAGAGACUGAUUAGAUUAGGCAACAGCACAUCUAUCUUCUAUCGUGAUUGAUCCUCUGUCGCAAAACGGUGGCAAAGCAGGUGCAAAUAAUCUCUUCUUUGGUAAGGAUGGGUAAACGGAACCUUUUCCUGAUGUCAUCCUCGGCGAUGCAUGGAUUCGGCUAUCUGGAACAUGCCCAGACGGAUAUGACGAACUUUUUGAAGAGCAAUAGCGUGCAAAAGGUGUUGUUCAUCCCGUACGCUCUAACUGAUUACGAUGGAUACACCGAACGUGUCGGCAGUGUAUUAAAACGAUGGGGCUUCUCCUGCAAUGGUAUCCACACCUUCACCGACCCAGUCGAGGCAGUAGAGAACGCAGAAGCCAUCUACAUCGGCGGUGGUAACACGUUCCUGCUUCUUCGCACACUGUACGAAAAUCAGCUGGUCGAAGCGAUCCGCGAUCGGGUAUUGAAGCACGGCGUCCCAUACGUUGGCAGUUCGGCCGGUACCAAUGUGGCAACGCGCAGCAUCCAAACGACAAACGAUAUGCCGAUCGUGCAUACACCAACCUUUGAUGCACUUUCGCUUGUACCGUUCAACAUCAAUCCACAUUACAUCGACCCGGAUGCGAACGGAAAGCACAUGGGUGAAACACGUGCAGAGCGUAUCAAGCAGUUUCACGAGUUGAAUGAUGCACCGGUUUUGGGACUGCGCGAAGGAACAACACUGUUCGUGAAUGGAGAUAACGCGACCUUGAUAGGGCCACCGGCUGAAGCACCGAACGCCUGUUAUGAUGCGCGUCUGUUCCGCAAGGACCAGGAACCAGUCGAGUAUGCACCGAUGAGUAGUUUAAGCUUUCUCCUUAAGGAAAAAGCCUAA